CAAGCUGACCUUUUCUUCCAUGAAAGACUAAUUUUACGGAACUCAUCUCCCCCGUUGCAUCGGCCUUGUCCAUAGCCUUUGGAGCCUGUUCUCGCUAUUCGGCCAUUACACCCUGAGAGCAGAGAUGCUGCGAGUAGCAGGGAGGAGGCUUUUCUCUGUUUCGCAGAGAUCUACGAAUGCGACCUCCUUCGCCCUCUCCCGAGACCAUACCCUCUCCGAAGGCGGCGGCGACUCCUCCUCUUCCGCCACCAGAUCUGUCCCCUCACCUGACCUUUCUCGUUUCGGUUCUUACCACCUUGUAAGAGAUUUCUCUUCUCAAGUCCUUACUCAAGGGAACGAGGUAGGUUUUGGUUCGGAACCCGCCACCGUGGAGGCGGUCAAGACACCUAACUCAAAGAUCGUCUAUGACGACCAUAACCAUGAGCGUUACCCACCUGGUGACCCUAGCAAGCGUGCCUUCGCCUAUUUCGUCCUUUCCGGUGGGAGGUUUGUUUACGCCUCUGUUCUCCGCCUUCUUGUUCUCAAGCUCAUUGUCAGCAUGUCCGCAAGUAAGGACGUCCUCGCCCUUGCUUCCCUCGAGGUCGACCUAGGGAGCAUCGAGCCAGGAACUACUGUGACGGUUAAGUGGCGUGGAAAGCCUGUCUUCAUCAGGAGAAGAACAGAAGAUGACAUCAAGCUGGCCAAUAGUGUGGAUCUCGGUUCUCUGAGAGACCCGCAAGAAGAUGCCGUCAGGGUCAAGAAUCCGGAAUGGUUAGUGGUGGUUGGAGUCUGCACUCACCUGGGGUGCAUCCCCUUGCCUAAUGCUGGUGACUACGGCGGCUGGUUUUGCCCUUGUCACGGUUCGCAUUACGACAUCUCUGGAAGGAUUAGGAAAGGUCCUGCGCCGUAUAACCUGGAGGUACCAACCUACAGCUUCUUGGAAGAAAACAAGUUACUCAUUGGUUAAUGACGAAUAAAAAAACAACAGUCUGUCUGUUUCUCAAAGAUUCUCUUCUAUUUUUUUUUUAAUAUUCAGGCAAUUUAGAGCAAGAUUGUCUCGUUUUUUUUUUUUUGCUGAAUAAUAAGAAACUUUGUCGUAUUUAUUGAACGUGUACUCAUGUUCUGUUUUUCCAUGAUGUUCUGUUUUUCAAUGAUGAUGGUGAAAGACUGUUCAAUA